GGAGAGGUGACCACGGCCGGACCCUCACGCACCUUCACACCGCCAUGACGGGGAAACACGCUCAUUUACCGAAUCUAGCAAUGCGCUUGUCUGUCGCGCGCAAGCGCAGGACGUGAAAGAACGGCGGAGCUCAAGACAGAAGCGCCUUACCGGGGGAGGAAUAGACAAGAGAGUCGGCCGAGAGCUUUCUCCUCCUAAGAGGAUCAAGAAGAAAGGGAAUUCACGCUAUUUUUAAGCGGACUGUCUGGGGCGGGCACCAUGACCAGUGGAGCGGAUGAGAGCUCGGUGCGCGUGGCCCUGAGGAUCCGUCCUCAGCUGGCCAAAGAAAAGAUCGAAGGAUGCCACAUCUGUACGUACGUGAUGCCCGGGGAGCCACAGGUGGUCCUGGGGAAGGACAAGGCCUUCACCUACGACUACGUCUUCGACAUGGACACACAGCAGGACGCCAUCUACACACACUGCACGGAGAGGCUCAUCGAGGGCUGCUUCGAAGGCUAUAACGCCACCAUCUUUGCAUACGGACAGACCGGUUCAGGGAAGACCUACACCAUGGGAACCGGCUUCGACGUGAACAUAGGAGAAGACGAGCUGGGCAUCAUUCCCCGGGCCGUUAACCACCUGUUCCGAGGCAUUGAGGAGCGCAGACAGGCUGCCACGGAGCAGGGCCGGCCGGUACCCGAGUUCAAGAUCAACGCUCAGUUCCUGGAGCUGUACAACGAGGAGGUGCUGGACCUGUUCGACUCCGCCCGGGAUCUGGAGGCCAGGAAGCAGAAAUCCAACAUCAAGAUCCACGAGGACGCCAACGGAGGCAUUUACACCGUGGGGGUCACCACCCGCACCGUCGCCUCUGCCGCCGAGAUGAUGCAGUGUCUGAAGCUGGGCGCCCUGUCUCGCACCACCGCCAGCACCCAGAUGAACGUCCAGAGUUCACGCUCCCACGCCAUCUUCACCAUCCACCUGUGCCAAGUCCGAGUCUGCUCGCCCGAUAACAACGAUAAUGAAACGGAUAACCGCCUGGCCAAUAACUCGGAGAUCGAUGAGUUCGAGACGCUGACGGCGAAGUUCCACUUUGUAGAUCUGGCCGGAUCGGAGAGGCUGAAGAGGACCGGAGCGACCGGUGACCGAGCCAAAGAGGGCAUCUCCAUCAACUGUGGACUGCUCGCCUUGGGAAACGUCAUCAGUGCCCUGGGCGACCGGAGCAAGCGUUCCACUCACGUGCCUUACAGAGACUCCAAACUGACACGCCUCCUGCAGGACUCACUGGGAGGCAACAGUCAAACAGUGAUGAUCGCCUGCAUCAGCCCGUCGGAUCGCGACUUCAUGGAGACCCUAAACACCUUGAAGUAUGCCAACCGGGCCCGGAACAUCAAGAACAAGGUGAUGGUGAACCAGGACAGAGCCAGCCAGCAGAUCAGCGCCUUGAGGACGGAGAUCGCCCGGCUGCAGAUGGAGCUGAUGGAGUACAAGACGGGAAAGCGCAUGGUGGGCGAGGACGGCAUGGAGGGCAUCAACGACUUGGUCCACGAGAACAACAUGCUGCAGACGGAGAACAACAACCUGCGCGUGCGAGUGAAGGCCAUGCAGGAGACCAUCGACGCCCAGAGAGCCCGACUCACACACGUCCUCAGUGACCAGGCCAACCAGGCUCUGGCCAAAGCAGGUGAAGGUAAUGAAGAAAUCGGGAACAUGAUCCAGAACUAUAUCAAAGAAAUCGAAGAGCUCAGGGCCAAGCUGUUUGAAAGUGAGGCCGUGAACGAGAACCUCCGCAAGAACCUGUCGCGGGCCUCCACUCGCUCCUCGCUGUACGGCGGUCCCGCCCUCCUCGCCCCCGAGAAAGAGGCCAGCGAGGUCAUUGAGAUGGCCAAGAAGGACCUGGAGAAGCUCAAGAAGAAGGAGAAGAAAAAGAAAAAGAGACUGCGGCGAUACGAGGAGAGUCACCACCAUGAGGUUGAGUCCGCCAGUGUUAAUAAAGAGGAAGUCCCGGAUAACGAACAAGAAAGAGGAAAUGAAGAGGCCGAGCUGGAGGGAAGCGAUCAUGAGGAGGUCGAGGACGCAGACGGCGAGGACGACGACUCGGAUGUGGCCGGCGAGGAAUCAUCAGAGGAGUCCGACUCUGAAGAGCUGGACGAGAAAGAAAACGUCCAAGCCGAUCUCGCCAACAUCACCUGCGAGAUCGCCAUCAAGCAGAAGCUGAUCGACGAGCUGGAGAACAGCCAGCGGCGGCUGCACACGCUGAAGCAGCAGUACGAGCAGAAGCUCAUGAUGCUGCAGAACAAGAUCCGAGACACACAGCUGGAGAGGGACAAAGUGCUGCACAACAUGGGCUCAGUGGAGUCGGGUUCGGAGGAAAAGGCCAAAAAGAUCAAAGCAGAGUACGAGAGGAAGCUGAGCUCCAUGAACAAAGAAAUGCAGAAGCUGCAGUCGGCCCAGAAGGAACACGCCCGCCUGCUGAAGAACCAGUCGCAGUACGAGAAACAGCUGAGGAAGCUUCAGCAGGAUGUGACCGAGAUGAAGAAGACCAAAGUGACGCUGAUGCGUCAGAUGAAGGAGCAGCAGGAGAGGAACCGGGCCUCGGAGUGCAGGAGGAACCGAGAGAUCGCCUCUCUGAAGAAAGACCAGCGCAGAGCUGAACAUCAGCUGAGGCAGAUGGAGGCUCAGAAGAGGCAACAGGAGCUGAUCCUCCGCAGGAAAAACGAAGAGGUGACAGCUCUGAGGCGCCAGGUGAGGCCCGUGUCUGGAAAGGUGAGCAGGAAGGUGAGCGUCCCCGAGCCUCACCAGGACGCCUCGCCCAGAGCCGCGCCGGGACGCCAGCAGCUCUCCGCUACAAACCCCCCCAACGGGACCAGCAGGAGUUCCCCGGUGCGGAUGGGAAGCAUCUACCUCAACCGGACCGCCAGGGCCAAGUGGCAGUCCCUGGAGAGGCGGGUCAGCGACGUGAUCAUGCAGAGGCUGACCAUCUCCAACAUGGAGACCGAAAUGAACCGACUGCUGAAGCAACGUGAGGAUCUGACCAGGCGGAGGGAGCGAGUGUCCAGGAGGAGGCAGAAGGUGGCGGUGGACGGCGCGGAUGCUGACCGCUCGCUGGCCUCCCUGAGCGAGGAGCUGGAGUCUCUCGGCGCCAACAUCGACUACAUCAACGACAGCAUCGCCGACUGCCAGGCCAACAUCAUGCAGAUGGAGGAGGCCAAGGAGGAAGGCGAUACCGUCGACAUCGCUGCUGUGAUCAGCACGUGUAACCUGUCAGAAGCUCGCUUCCUUCUGGACCAUUUCACAACAAUGGCCAUCAAUAAGGGUCUGCAGGCAGCUCAGAAGGACUCCCAGCUGAAGGUGAUGGAGGGCCGGCUGAAGCAGACGGAGAUCAACAGCGCCACGCAGAACCAGCUGCUGUUCCACAUGCUGAAGGAGAAGGCGGAGAUCAACCCGGAGCUGGACGCCCUGCUGGGCAGCGCCCUGCAAGAGUUAGGUUACCUGUCGCCAGAGAAUGGAGACGACAGCAGCAGUGAUGAAUCCACCCCCAGUCCGGCCACAGAGGGCAGCACGCUGGCAUCAGAUUUAAUGAAGUUAUGUGGCGAAACCAGAACCAGAGGCAAGGCUCGCAGACGGACCACCACCCAGAUGGAGCUGCUGUACGCCAGCAGUGGGGAUCUGUCCUGUGAAUCUCCCACCGGAGACUUCCCGGCGCCCCUGCUGCCCAUCGCCGAGCGAGCGGAAGGGCCGGCAGACACGCAGGGGCACGCUGUCGGUCAGACCCCUGACAGAGAGCAAACUGUUUCCCCAUCUGCACUGUCUGCACGGCCAGCUGGCAUCUCUGGAUCGAGGUCGCCUACAGGAACCGAGCGGCGGCACGUAGAGCGGUCGCCACUCAACCGCAGGAAACUGCAAGAGAAAGGAGUCGCGCCGACGCACAUCCCGGCACCCGCACACUCGCUUCCUGUCAGCACCGCAGAGACUAAAGCUAAAACCAGCGACUUCAAAUCUGUGUUAGAGGAGUCGCCUGUAUAUGAAGGCCACAGAGGUGUGAUCAACCCCGUGGCAGCUCCCAAAAACAGCCGGGGAGCCAUGCUUCAGUGCGUCUAUGUGGCUGAGGGACACACCAAACCUGUCCUCUGUGUGGACGCCACCAAUGACCUGCUGUUCACCGGAUCCAAAGACCGUACAUGUAAAGUGUGGAACUUGGUGACGGGCCAGGAGAUCAUGUCUCUUGCUGAUCAUCCCAGCAGUGUCGUCUCAGUCAGGUACACGUCCAGCCUGGUCUUCACCGUUUCCUCCGCUUACAUCAAAGUCUGGGACAUUCGAGACUCGGCCAAAUGCAUCCGAACGCUGACGUCAUCGGGCCAAGUCGGCUCCGGGGAAAUGUGCUCCUCUGCCAGAAGUUUAUCCAUCCCGCCAGGAGAAAGUCAGAUCAACCAAAUCGCCCUCAACCCUUCAGGCUCCUUCCUGUAUGCGGCCGCUGGUAACGCCGUGCGCAUGUGGGACCUCCGAAAAUUUGCGUCCACGGGGAAGCUGACCGGACAUUUGGGACCCGUUGUGUGUCUCACUGUGGAGAAGUUGGGCCACGGGCAGGACGUGGUGCUCACAGGCUCUAAAGACCAUCACGUUAAAAUGUUCGAGGUGGCAGAGGGCGCUCAGGGCAGCAUCAGCUCCUGCCACACGUUCGACCCGGCGCAUCAGGACGGCGUGGAGUCGCUGACCGUCCACGGAGAGGUGCUGUACAGCAGCUCCAGGGACCACUGCAUCAAAAAGUGGGAUCUGACCAGUAAACAGCUGCUGCAGACCGCGAGCGGCCUGGCGGACUGGGUCAGCGCCCUGGGCGUGGUGCCGGGCUCGCCGGUGCUGCUCAGCGGCUGCAGAGGGGGGCUGCUGCGCCUCUGGCACAGCGGCUCUCUGGCGCCCCUCGGCGAGGUCCAGGGCCACGACAGCCCCAUCAACGGCCUGGCCGCCAACAGCAGCCAGCUGUUCACCGCCUCGGAUGACCGCACCGUAAAGAUCUGGGAAGCCAAAGGAUCUCUGGAGGAAGGAAUAAACUGAGAGCUGAUCAUUCACUUCUUUUUUUUUUUUGUCCGCUGGCCUUGAAUCAAUGGGAGAACCCUGAUCGCUGAUCACUGAUCCUUCAGUGUCAGGGGAAUCUCAUCUCACGCUGUCUGGAGGAGAAAACGUUUCAGGUCAGAAGAGGUAAAAGUGAAGCUUGUCGGGUCUCGGUGGACGGAAAACGUCACGACUGAGAGGGACGUUGACACAGCAGGAGUGAGAACAUGACUACAUUACCGUUUCCUCCUUAAUUCAGCAUGGAUCUAUGCAACUGGAGAACUUUGUGAGAAAGAGCAGGGUUUGGUGAUUCUUCUGCUCCUCGACUCGGAGAUCCUCUGCUCCCUGGAUCCACUGUGAGUCUUGUGUGCGUCCGUGUGUGUUGUGUAGCGUCUUCCUCAUAUCGCCGCUCCGGUCAUUUCAGGUGUGUGAUUUGUGGAAAAAUGAUCAAGGACCAAACGACUGCUGAAGCUGCACGUGGUUGUACGAUGAAGCUGUUACUGCCAAACCCUCUGUAGAAGACUGAGUUUCCAUACUGCGCAUAUAGCCUUACAAAAAAAAAGAAAAAGAAAAACAGACUGUGAGCUCAGAUAGUUUCAAUUUACCUGCUCCAAUUGUGAAAACUUCAAAAUCAACCAAUUAUCUUAUUGAAAAUAUGAUUUUAGGCAAGCUUAAUGAGAAAUCAUGUAAAUUAGGAGAGAAACUACUUUUAGCAGUCUGUUUAACCUCCUUCUUAUUCCGUUGCUGCAUAUAAAACCUGUGAGCGACUAACAGCCAGUUAAAUGUGCAUCAAGUUCCAGCUCCAAGAUUAAGACCAAAUUGUUCUUAAUGAAGGGAAAGACGAUUGAUAACUAUCUCGCUAUUUUGUCUGGUUGGUCUCAGAAGUUGCUGCAGGCUUGUUUUUUUUUUUUUUUUUUGCAUCUGAUUAACAAGCCUGGCAAUUUUAAUUAGUUUUUUCCCACAACUUUAACAACUGUUUCACCAUCUUUUCCAAGCAGACUCCACCAUUAACUCAAUGCAGCUGAUGUGGAUUGUUCUUCUUUUUUUUGGAAGGGGCUGCGCAGUGAUUAGUAUGUUUAGUUGUGAUCAGAUUGACCAGAUUAAAACAGAAUAACUUUAAAAAGAACCUCCUAAAUCAUUCACGUUGAUGGAAUCAAGCACCUUGUGAUUAUCUAAGUCAUUAGAUAAUGUUUGAGUUUUUCAUUUCUUAAGCUUUCAGUCUUAGAAACAUAUCUGAUAUGAGUCUAUUUAUUUAUUUUGUCUUGCAUUUGUGAAGUUGCCGUCUUCCUUCUCGGUGUUAAAGUCGUUCCGAUGGACUACACGUUAUACUCAUGCGGUGGAUUUCUCCAUAAUCAAAGCAGUGUUAUCAGUGCCUGUAAUCAAUCUGAAACUGCACGUAGUGACUGUGGAAUCAGUACCUGAUCGAUGUGGACGAGCCCUCGUUUAAAAGGUCAGAUCAGCAAUUUAUCACCAACUACUGAUUUUUCUUUGUGUUUUUUUCUGAAAUAUCUUUGCUGCUCUGGUUUUUGGAUAUCUGGAGCGAGAAGUCAGCUGAAGUCAGUUGCACUGAAAUUCUAUUUUUUAUCAACUUAAUUAGUUUUGUUGACUUUAUAUGGGACUGAAAUCAGUGGGUUACAUAUUUUUUUUUCAGUUCCAUUAGACUAAAUAAUCCCCUCGAAAGACAACACGACCUGUAAGUAUCUCUAAUUUAUAAUGAAUCCUGUCCGCCUGACUCUUCCUGUAAAUAUGUUUACUCCCUGCUGAUUCUCUCGUGAACAGUUUCAUGUGACUGAAAUAAAUGCUGUGUGAAAAUAAAUUUUAAUAUAAAAAGU